AUGGCAGGCAAGUCGUCUUUGCUGAAAGUAAUCCUUUUGGGAGAUGGUGGAGUCGGGAAGAGUUCUCUCAUGAAUCGAUACGUUACCAACAAAUUUGACACCCAGUUAUUUCAUACUAUAGGAGUUGAGUUCUUGAAUAAAGAACUGGAGGUGGACAAUCAUAGUGACCAUGCAAAUAUGGGAUACCGCGGGCCAAGAACGUUUCAGGAGCCUGAGGACCCCAUUCUAUAGGGGAUCUGACUGUUGCCUGUUGACAUUCAGUGUUGAUGACUCUCAGAGUUUUCAAAACCUAAACAACUGGAAGAAAGAAUUUGUCUACUAUGCGGAUGUUAAAGACCCAGAACAUUUUCCAUUUGUGAUUUUGGGAAACAAAGUAGACAUCAGUGAACGUCAAGUCUCAACAGAAGAAGCUGAGACUUGGUGCAGAGACAAUGGGAACCAUCCCUAUUUUGAGACAAGUGCUAAGGAUGCCACUAAUGUGUCAGCAGCAUUUGAAGAAGCUGUCCGAAGAGUUUUGGCUAUUGAAGAUCGAACAGAUCAGCUGAUCCAUAAUGAUACAGUGAAUCUACAUAGAAAGCCAAAGUCUAGUUCAACCUGCUGUUGA